AUGAGGCGCAUCGCGCGAACACACUGGGACGCAGACGGACCCCUAGACCACCGCGAAAACUUGUCUCCCCGUUCGCAGCAGCUCGAUGGCGAAUAUCUCCUGCCGCUGGCUUGCGGCGACGACUCGUUCGGGGACCACACGGGCGGCGGAGCCGGCAGGGGAGGCGGCGCCGGCGCUGGGGGUGCUGCCGGUGGCGACGGUGGGGGGGGAAGCUCUUUGGCGAGCGGGAUGGAGGCAGGGAUCUCUACGGGAUCUCCAAGGGCGGGUGGGAUCGGGAGUGUCGGGGCAGGGGUUACCUCGCCGCGAGAUCGGGAUGUCUCCGGCGGCGGCGGUGGGCGGAAGAGGGGCAAGAGGGACAGGAGGCGCUUCUUCCUGAGAAUACACAAGUUCGUGUUCCAGAAGGAGCUGGCGCUGCACUUUUCGAUGUGCAUCCUGAGCAUCGCGAUCCCGUUCUCCCUCUCGGGGUCCCCCUGGCUGGCGGCCAUCCCCGUGUGCGUGUGGUGCUUCUACAACGCCAUGUUCGUGAUGGGCGCCAAGCGGGCCUCCACGGUCCUGCCGGGCUUCGACCGCUUCAAGCGAAGCUUCGUGGCUGCGAUGGAGGAGUUCCUCCCCCCGCGGCUCGUCCCCGUCCUCUCCCUCUCCUUCCUGAGCGUCGUGAUCGCGGUGACGCUCACGGCCGCGAGGCUCGGCGGCCCGCCGCUGUGCAUCUCGUCGUGCCGCACCUGCCUGGGGAGCUGGAAGCAUGCUCACCCCGCGACGUCGCCGCAAGGUCGCGGCGCCGCUGCUUCGACGUCGGGCGAGGCAUCACGCUCCCGCUCCAAGUUCUCGCCAAAUAUCGUCGGUGCGUUCGAGGGGGCGAAGAGAGGCAGAGAUAGCGCGGCAGCGGGAGACCACCGGCAGGCCGGGGGAUCGGGGGGCGGCGGAGAGAACUUCUGGGUUGAGGCAGAUAGAGCGUCACCCGCGCGUGGUUCGCAGCGGGCGAAGAGUGGGGAAGCGUGCGGCUACGCGAAUGGGAAGGAGCUGCUGGCGUACUACACCGUGAGCCAGAGCGCGAUCCUCAUCUACCUCGCGGUGAUGACGGGACUUCUCACGUGCCUCGCCUGGAAGGUCUCGGAGGAAGAGCUGGCGCAAAGGCAGGCGGCGGAGAGCAGACUCAAGGGGCAAAACCCUCGGGCGUUCGAGCUCAGGGAGCGAAUGAUCCUGGAGCACGGGCGGCCUGGUUCCAGCGUCCGGCCAGAGACGACCUGCCCGUGGCUGAUGUUUGGCCUGGUGGCCGCGUGCACGUUCACGCUGAUCGGCUGGCGGAAGUGGGGCGACCUGCCGGUGACGGCGGUGACGGUGGUGGUGAUAGGGGCGAACGUCACGACGACCCUGGCGAGCGUGCUGAUGCUGCACGUCGGCUUCCACGGGAGGCUGAUCGCGCUGUACCAGGGGAACUUGCAGAGGGUUCAGUUCUUGUCCAAGCUCUUGAGGGAGGGCACCAGCAAGGCCGAGGAGCCGUGGGUCCACGCGGCGGAGGCGUGGUGGUUCCUGAGGAGCUUCGUCCUUCGGGAAGACUUGUCGCUCGACUACGACGUCGGCGGGCUGGGGGUCUCGGCCACGUUUUUCAUCGUGCUCGCUUCGUUCGUCGUCGCUAUCGCACAGAUUGUACGUGAGGGUCUAGACGCGAUGCUGAACCCGCCGGGCAGCUACUGCGCGUACGCGUCGGUGUACCUCACGGUCUGCUUGAUACGAAUUUUCGGCCUCGCGACGAAGACUUACCUGGAGCAGCAGCUGCAUGUGGGGAUUAUCCAGGACUACAUCGACAACCUUGUGGCCAUCGCUGCCAAGACGGCCUCCUCCUCAGCUUCGGAGCUCAAGAAAGAGCGAGGCCAGCCUUCGCCUUCUCUCGCCCCCUCGCUCACCGCCGGCACCAGUGCCACCACCUCCACCACCACGGCUUCCGCCGUCGCCGCCGAACGCGGUGCCGCCGAUAACGCCGCACACCCUAACGCCGCAAACAGCGUCAGUGAACCAUCACCGGCAAAUGCCUCCUUGUUGGCGGCAGCGCGAGCAGCCGUCACCGGGACGUCGGCCCUCGGCGAUGCCGGUGGGAGGCGAGAUACUCGGGACAGGAGUCCUAAGGCCGCGGAAGACGGUGGCAGCGGUGGCGGAGCCCGAGGUAUUGGAGGUGCGGGGAACGAAGGGGAAGCGCUGCUACACCCUGCCCAAGAGGCGAUGCGACGAAUGAUUGUGCACAUCGACACGUUGGACCCGUAUCCGUGUGUUCUCGGUAUUCCCGUAAAGCCAGCCCUUUUCGCGACGUCGAAGGUGUACGUGUUCGGAUGCUUCGCCGUGAUAAGCGUGAAGCUCAUGUACGAUGUGAUCUCUGGGAUAGUUUGAUGUGUGGUUGUUGCCGUGAUGGUGUCGUGGUGUUGUUAAGGGGCGGGGGGCGGGGUUGCAUACGCCUAAGGAUUGUUGCUGUUCGUUCGGAUACUGCCGUUUUUCAAGGUAGCAGUGCUACCACCGCGGUAACUGUUGUUGGUGCGUGGUCGUUUGUCGUUGAGCUCGAUGUUCAAGAAAGUCCCAGUUUUUUUUACGUAUCCUAGGAAACGUCCCCGUACGAUAUCAUGAGUUUUAAGUAGUUGGUCUUCUUUUGUUGUCUUCGCCGCGGUGGGGUAGCGCCAAAGAACGGCCAUGGGGCAGGCAAUAAACGUCCCAAUGCGGCAAACGGUUCCUUCCUGCUCGGAACGUCUGAGUCUUGUGCGUGGCCGACCUUCAAGGGUACGAGAAUGACGGGGAGCAACACACCGAUCGAAGUCGUUCGUCUGCGAUGAGUCGGGCGGUGUCGGUGUUGUAUCCGCAAGUUCCUCUGUUGGGAACGGCAAUGCUCACAAACACUUUGGACAGACCUUUUUCCCGAUGAACGUCCCUUGAGACACCGAGACCCGCUACGACUUCCUUUUCUGUCAAGCCAUGGCGGGUCAUUUCGGCAUGGUGUAUUUGAAGCGCACGCAUGUCGAAGGUGCUGUAGCAUUGUAUGUUCUGGCGAACUGUGAUAGCGCUGAGGUUUGUUUGUGUGUGUGUCGGGAGCGAUUUUCUUGGUGUUGGCUUCCUGUGCUUUGCCGAAAAGGACUGGGAUAGGGAAAGCGUCGUGUCGGUCGAAACAUUUGGUACAUGAGCAGCAAGGCGCAAAAGUGAGUUUGUGUACGGUGUGCACCAACACAUAUGGCAAGGCUAUAGGCCAACUUGUUUUUCCGGAAGUAUUGUGAAUCGUUUCCUGAACCAACCCGAACUUAACAGAGGGACACCUCGCCAAAACGUG